GUUGCCAGAUAGGAUCUACGUCAUACUUGUUACCGGUUACGGGUUCAGGAAGCGCUGCGACGCGUGGGAAGAAGAGACGGCGUCCGUCAUCAUCUGCUAUCAUCACAGUAUGAGGACUUUAGCGCUUUUCUGUGUUUUGAUGGCGGCCCUAAGUGUGACGCAUGGAAAAGGAAAGACGCUCUCGAAGAAAAGUCAAUUCGAACUGAAGACAGCGAUUGUCCGCACUUUCGACAAUAAGUUGCUUCGUUUCCUGAGAAUGACAAAGGGAUGGAUUAAAAUGAGUCGUACGCAAGUGAAGCAUCUACUAUAUUUGAACAGACGUCAUAUGGUGCGCAACUGCAAGCUCUACCGUAAAUACGCCUCCGACAGACUAUUGCACCUCGAUCGUCGACUAACUCCGGAGAACUACGCACAGAUGGGUCAAGUCAUUGGUUCACGUAUCAAGAUGGGUUGGAGGUACUACCGGAUGCUAUCUGAAACCCCGCUCACAAAGUUGACAAAACAAAUGGAAAAGUUUCUCUCCAAAUUGCCUGGUAACUUAUCCUGCUAAAGUGAUGCGUGCGGCUCUCUGAUGAGAUGUCUCCCCUUAAUACAAUGUGUUUGCUUCGCCUCAAGUGCCCCUUGGCCAGACACUGUCAAGUUUUCAUCCAACCUUGAACUUCGCAGCCGCGGGAAUGUAAUAGAACACUCUCAAGGUCAAGGC